AUGGAAACUCCCCCAGGAUCCAAGGAACCGCCUAAAGCCAGCAACAACUUCACUGCAUUUGGCAUUGGGAUCAUCAUGAUGGGCUCAAAGACGAGAAACACUAAAGCUCGUAUCGGAACUAUGGCUCUUGGUAGCGUCGCGAUUGGCGUUGGAAGCGCUGGCUUGGAAAAGCUGGACAUUGACGUGACUAUGCUCGCGACUAGACUCUCAACAGUCUUGAACAUGGAGCAUUCAAGCGUUGAGACUACGAAUCCAUUUGAGGGUUGA